CUGCGGCUGCAAGGACCGCAGCACCUCACCUCGCGUGCCUGCCGUUGCCGAUUUGCUUCACGACGCGAACACGCGAAGACGGGAAUGCGGGAAUUGAGAAGCUCAACUCAAAGUGAAUCGCGCCAGGCGAGGCAAGGCCAGCAAGGCGCCAGGAGCAGCGGCUGGAGUUUAGGAGCGCGGCAGUGCUUCGCAAGUAUUCCGCUGAGCGGCGUGUACUGCAUCCGAAUCCGACAAAUUCAUCUCUCUAUCCAUAAGGAUUUUCUCAGUUUUUCCCACUGAUCUCUAGUUUUUUUCAGUUUUUCUUUGACUGCCGUCGCAGGCAGAGCUCUGGUCGCAGGCCGUCGUUCACAGUGCUUCCGGUGUUUCCCUUGGUUCUUCGUUCCUCCUAGAGCAAAGGCUGGCGAAGCUGCUGUAGACCUGCAUUCGCCGGUUACUCCGCUGAAUCGUGUGCCGGUUUAUUUUGAUGCGGCAGGCUGUGAAUCGGUAGAACCGUGGAACCAGCAGAUGAACUUGUCCAUGCAGCAAGACAACUAAAAUGUCCAUUACGGCUGCAGACAUGCCAGGCAUUCCUGCCCGGCGCCUUGCUUGAACGGCAGCACUGGCAGCACAACAAAACUAACAGAUGGUUCGACCAGUGCCGGUGUACGUGGUCGAGCCGCACCACCAUGCGCUGCACCACAUCUACCGGGCCAUCGGCCGCAAGAAACUACCCUUUUCCAAGGUGCUCAUGGUCCACUUUGACGCGCACCCGGACCUGGUGCUACCGCCUGGCCUGGACCCGGCCCGUUGUCGGGACCGGGACCAUGUCCUCGACGUGGUCGACAUCGAGAGCUGGAUCCUGCCGGCAGCCCUUGCGGGACACCUCGACCGUGUGCUCUGGGUGCGGUCUCCGUGGUCGGACCAGCUGCCCGACGGAGAUCAACAGUUCCUCAUCGGCUCUAGGGAUGGCCAAGCCCGGGUGACCUGUCCCCUGCCUUACUUCCUGAGCGAGUGCAUGUGGACGCACCAAGUGGAUGAGGGCCAUGAACUCGGGCUGCGAGUACAGACUUUGGACGCCCUGCUGGAAGCUAAACCCAACGACGGAGGAAAUGCCUGGCAGCCGGAGGAUCGUUGCUUCGUGCUGGACAUUGACCUCGACUUCUACAGCACCCAGGAUCCCUUUGCCAUGGUACUGAGUCAGUCCCAGAUGCAACUGCUGCGUCAGCUGUACCACGCUUCGUUUCCCGACCCCACUGCAGACCCCGGCCUGCUCGAGAAAGCCCAGGCGAAACGCAGGGCUCAGCUUCAGCACCUCAAGGAACAGUUGCAGCGCCAUCUACCCACCGCCGAAUCGUCAAACAGAGGUUCUAGCAUUGAGACUUUGAAUGGGCUCUGCCACGAAGUCGGUCCUAUUAAUAACCCUGAAGCUACUUCGGGGGUUGACCUGCAAGCCGAUUCGGGUGAUUCCGUCAAAGUCUGUGCACUAGGGAAGCCAGUCGACCGAGAUACCGACUCUGGAGUUGAUUUGAGAGACGACACUGUUAAUUCCCCGGUCGCCGACGCCAAAGUCGACCCUCGCCUGCUAGAUCUGUGUAACGACCUCACAAUCCGACCUCCCAAGGGGGAGCCGUUAGAAGCCAAGCUAAUCCAUGAUGCCGGCUGUACCUGCGACAUGGACUCGCAGCUGCCGCAUCAUGUGAGCUCACGCGACGAGAUCCUAGCUCUCAUAGGGAGCACCACCCGUUUUCUCGGACGACUAAACGCCAAGCCCGCGCUCAUCACAAUAGCACGCUCGAGCUUAGACGGGUACUGCCCGCCUUCAGACGUGGACUUUGUUCAGGAAAAAGUUUUGGACGCGCUGCGAGAACUGUACGGUGAAUUGGACGUCUCACUGGACUAUGAUGAGCCGUCGGCACCUGGGAAUUUAGAGUAAAGUCUCACGCUUGUUGCA